CUCAUCAUGCGAUUCGUGCUCUUCCUUCUAGGCGCAGCGGCGACAGCAGCAUACGUUCCGGGCAAGGCAUUUGAUAGAUUUAUUACUAUAUGGUUAGAGAACCAGGAUUUCACGAAAGUAGACGUCAAUUCCGACAUUGUUGAUCUCGCGAAACAAGGCAUUCUCCUUACAGAAUACUACGGCCUCACGCACCCCUCUCAACCCAAUUACAUUGCCUCGGUUGGUGGCGACUACUUUGGACUGAACCAUGAUGAUUUUAUAAGGAUACCCUCCAACGUCUCGACGCUGGUGGAUCUGCUUGAUACAAAAGAAAUAGAUUGGAGAGGCUAUUUCGAGGGUUUGCCUGGGCCUGGAUAUCUGGGCCCAGGGAGCACAGCGCGGGAUGGAUCUGGAUGGGAUUAUGUCCGGAAGCAUAAUCCCUUCGUAUCUUAUGAUAGCGUCGGCAUGAAUGGUACACGCCUUGCCAAGAUCCAAAGUUUUGCCGAUUUCGACCGAGAUGUCAAGAAGAAUACUCUCCCACAGUAUUCUCAUUUAUCCCCAAACAUGCUGAAUGACGGGCAUAACACGUCUCUGGAAUAUGCAGCAAAUUGGACACGGUCCUUCCUUACUCCUCUACUAGCCAAUGAGCAAUUCAUGAAUAACACCCUCAUUCUCCUCACAUAUGACGAAAGCGAAACGUACUCUAUACCAAAUCGCAUAGUUUCCAUCCUCCUUGGUGGGGCUGUUCCGAAGAGCCUGAAGGGCACAAGUGACAGCACGCUAUAUACCCAUUACUCCAUCCUCUCAACCCUCGAAAAUAAUUGGGACCUUCCCAACCUCGGACGAUACGACGUAGGCGCGAAUGUCUUUGAACUUGUGGCACAGAAGACGGGCUAUACGAACCAUCCACCAGAUGACCAGGCCGCAGUCAACAACUCCCUCUCGUACGGCGGCUUCCUAAACGCUGAUCCAGAGGCAUACCUACCACUCCCGCCUCCGAACCUGCAAUUGAUAGGCGCUGGAGGCCAGGGAGUUGCUGAGGUGGUGCAAAAAUCCUGGGAGGCGGCUGCGCACGAAGAGACUCCAUAUGAUGGGAGUGGGUACAUUUUCGACGGGGGAGACGGGCAAACAAGCCCGAAUGCUCCGUAUUAUAAGCCGCAAGGACCGAAUGCGUAG